UUUAUAUGGAGCACGUCGUCAAGACUACAGUGUACAUGUUGGGUUGGAUGGAAAUUGUCUCAUUACUGAAAUAAAGAUGCAAUUUAUCAUAUGUUUCCCUCCAAAAUCAGUACCUAGGACUAAUAAAACAGACGACAAUACUGUUCAUGUUAUUGUUGUAGUUAGUACGAUCAUGGCGUACAUCGGUGAUUUACAGUAUACAGAAGUUGACAAUCAGUUCUCUCUUAUUGUUGGACUUUUAACUGGUGGAUUGGUUACAUCUGUUAUUACUGGCAUUACGGCUGUAAUAAUUUCAAGGAGGAAUAAGAAAAGAGCUAUCAAAAUAUGUAAAAUGGAAAUGAGCAAAGACUUGUCGGAAAGGAUAGAAAACUCAAGGAAUGAUAAUGAACUUGGACAUACUGAGGAAAGUGAGAUGGCAUAUAGCGAAAUAAAUCCAGUUGCUGAAUUGAAUAGUUAUUCAAGUAGUGUUGGUUAUCAAGAGGUGAAUACUGGAUACGAAGAACUCGGCCGCCGAUCGCCUACAAACCCUUAUAAUCAUCUACAACAUUCGGCUAAUGACAAUUAAAUACGAGACAUGACAAAUGUUGAUAAUCGUGUUUUAUAGGCUAGUGAUUACAUGAACCUAAAAUUAUAGGAUAAAUCAAACACAGUUUUUUUUACAAUUAUUGUCACCAUUGUCACCAUUGUCACCAUUUGUUACCAUUUAGAUUU